AAUGAAUCAAUAAUUUUUUGGCAAUUCAAGGUUGGCAAUCCAAAGAGCUCAAUAACUUCACUUAUUCUUCACAGAGUCAGUUAUAUAUGACUAAUUUAAAUAUACAGCUAAAAUGCCUUAAUAUCCAAAGAUUGUAUUUUUGCAAUCAAAUCCAUUUAUAAGAAAUUUAGUGGAGAAGUAUUGAAUUUUAUAUUCUUUUAGACAAUUUGUUCAAUAUUCUAUUGUAGAUGCUUAGAAGACAAGUGGAGAAGUAAAUGAUUAAAUAAUUGUUAGGAUAGUGUUGCUAGAUUGGCUGAAUAGGUUCAAUUGUAAUCAACUCAAAAAAAUGGUGCAUUGUUAUUUGGAUUCCCUAAUAGCGCUGUUGAUGCUGAAAAGUAAUAUUUAAUAGAAAAAUUCUUAGACUAGAUCGUUUAUUAGAUGGUGUUAAUUUGGCUAUCAGAUUCAAAUUAUCUGAAUCAUUGGCAUAGAAAAUAGCAGGAUCAUAUUUAUCAUGUUAAUCAUGUGGAAAGGUAUUUAAUACAAGUUUACCAUUUGUAACUCCAACUCAUCCUGGAUAUUAGAAUAAUGUAAGUGAAAAAACAAAUAAAUCUAGUGUUAAACUCCAAGUAAAUGUGCUUUAGAAUAAAGUUCUGCCCCAGCUGAUUAAGUAAAUGCAGAAGUUGCCAAUUAUUUUUAAUAGAAAGUAUAAUAUCUAAUGAAUUGAUUAGGGUGCAUAUCUUGAAUAUGAAAUAAAUGAAGAACAUUUAUAAUAUGAUUCAUAGGAGUUCUUUGAAAAAUUAGACAAUGCAGUAGCUACACAUAUCAAAGUAUGAUAUUUUUAAACAAAAAAGAAA